AUGGAGGAAAGAAUUCAAGUUACUCGCAUCAGGCAGAAGAUUGCCAAGGAGACGGAACCUUUCUAUGCUUCGCUUUUCACGGAGAAUCAUAAGUUUAGGCCUAGCUUUGAUAAUCUCAAUAUGCCUGUUUUAUCUGUUAUGGAUAGUAUUACUCUAGAAAAAGAGUUCACUGAAGUGGAAGUCAAGCAAGUGUUUGAUCAUUUUGGGGUGAAAAAGAGUCCGGGUCCAGACGGAUUUACAAUGGAAUUUUAUAAGCAGGCGUGGGAGAUACAUGAUGGAAUAUUAAUAGCAUCUGAACUUAUUAAUUCAAGAUUGAGAAGUCAAGAAACCGGUAUCAUAUGCAAAGUGGAUUUUGAAAAAGCGUUCGAUAACUUGAAUUGGGGUUGUGUGGAUACUAAGCUGGCAAGGUUUGGUUUUGGUUAUAAGUGGAGGAGCUGGAUUAAAUGGUGUAUUACUACACCAAGAUUUGUUGUUUUAAUCAAGGGUGAAGCAAAUAAAAUGUUUAGAAAUCAAAAGGGAAUCAAUCAAGGUGAUCCGAUUUUUGCGUUUUUGUUCAUUCUAGUUCCCGAGGUACUCUCACUGAUGUUUAAAUCAUCUGCCAAUCAAGGAUUAAUUUCGGGUUUCACAGCGGAGCAAGGUCCAGCGAUAACUCAACUUCAUUUUGCUGAUGACUUUAUAGUUUUUCUAUAUGAUAAUGAGACUCAGGUGCAAAACUUAAAGAACCUCCUUAUAGCUUUUGAAACAAUUUAUGGACUGAAAGUAAACUUCAAAAAAAGCACAAUUGUAGGGCUCGGGCAGUUUCAUAAUGGUGAUGCAUGUGCUGAAAUUUUUGGUUGUUCUUGUACUCAAUGA